AUGCCGCCUCUAAGGAAGAAGCCCAAAAAAUAUGUUCAACAAACGUUGACCAACAUACUCGCUGUUUCAAAACGAGAUCCCGAAGAACAUAAGUACCCAAAUAAAAGGCUUAAAAGUUCAGAUAAAAGUGAUAUACAGAAUGAGACUAUAUCUG